ACGCUGCUAAUGACCGCCGUAUCCUGUGUGCUGAUUGGCUGUGGAACCUGUCAAUCAAACUCAUCCAAUGGCUUCCAGCUCUCCGAUGACCUGACAGCCGUCCAUAGCUCAGGUCACGAAUCUCUGAUGAUGCCCUCGGGGUCAAAGCACGUGACCCCUGACCCCAGAGCUGUCCGGCCGCUGUCGCUGCCCCCGGCGUGUCUGAGGAGGACCUACAUCGAGGGCUUGUUCAAAUACGUCAACACGGUUCUGUCCAGCCUCAUCUUUGUGGUGGGGAUGGUGGGAAACGCCACGCUGCUGAGGAUCAUCUACCUCAACAAGACCAUGAGGAACGGCCCGAACGCUCUGAUCGCCAGCCUGGCUCUGGGAGACCUCAUCUACAUCGCCAUCGACAUCCCCAUCAACGUCUAUAAGCUACUGGCGAUGCGGUGGCCCUUCGAUGACAGUGUGUUCGGUCUGUUCCUGUGCAAACUGAUGCCGUUUCUACAGAAAGCGUCAGUCGGAAUAACAGUUCUCAAUCUGUGUGCACUCAGUGUGGACAGGUAUCGUGCUGUAGUGUCGUGGAGUCGUGUUCAGGGUGUGGGGAUCCCUGUGUCCACGGCUGUAGAGAUCGUGUGUAUCUGGCUGCUGGCUGUAGUUUUGGCCGUUCCUGAGGCCAUCGGCUUCACAAUGGUCAGUUUCGACUACAACAACGUCACCAUCCGCACCUGCAUGCUGAAACCAGAGACGCCCUUCAUCACGUUCUACAGGGACGUGAAGGUCUGGUGGUUGUUUGGCUUUUAUUUCUGCGUGCCGCUGGUUUGUACGGCUGUCUUCUACACGCUCAUGACCUGUGAGAUGCUGAGCAACAGGAAGGGCAGCCUGAAGUUUUCCCUGAGCGAACACCUCAAACAGAGGCGUGAGGUGGCGAAGGCCGUGUUUUCUCUGGUGCUGAUCUUUGCUCUCUGCUGGUUUCCGCUGCAUCUCAGUCGCAUCCUGAAGAAGAUGGUUUAUUUUCAGAACGACGUCGGCCGCUGCGACCUGCUGAAUUUCUUGCUGGUGUUCGAUUACCUGAGCAUAAAUCUGGCCACCAUCAACUCCUGCAUCAAUCCCAUAAUCCUCUACUUCGUCAGCAAGAAGUUCAAGAACUGCUUCAGGUCGUGUUUGUGUUGCUGGUGUUAUCCGGCCGGCUCACUCUUGAGCAGCGUCGUGCCCCUGAACGGGACCAGCUUCCAGUACAAGAGCCCUGAUCAGAACGGCUUAUCGGACCGGACCGCGCUGCGCAAGGACAGCUACAACUGACCUCAAUCACA